ACACAUUUUUAUGUGAAAAUGGUGGUCGAAAGUUUGCUCUAGAAGUCAACAACCUGGAUGAUGGAGAAAUCUAUUAUGUAACAAAGAUAGCUGAUAAUAGAACUAUUGUAAUUCAAGAUAAAGGAUUGUUAAACAUAAACGUAAAUGAAGAACCGUUUUUGUGUCAGUUAACAGAUACUGGUGUACAACUGGUGUGUAGUAUAGGAUGCAGUAAACCAGAACCAAAAUUAACAUGGAAAUUUACAUCUAAUAUGGGUGGAACCCUACAGGAUUUAUCAGGUGGAGUGGAAUCUAUUAUUAAUACAGGAUGUUCACCUGGAUACGUAUCUAAAACUAACACUAUAACUAUAUCAAAUACAACACCGGUACUGGAUGGUCUAGAUGGUUAUACAAUAAUAUGUGAGGCUUCUUAUCCUGGCUGUGAUAUACCUACAACAACUGAUCAAUUUAACAGGUCUUGUUCUGUUAGACCAAUCGUACACAUAGAACCCUCAAUCAGUCCAUAUAAAGUUAUAGAAGGGGGACAACUCGUGUUGACUUGUCAAGUAACCAAUUCAGAUUUAGCAGUACCAUCUGGUGUUUAUAAAUGGAAUAAGAAUGGUGUACAGAUAACAGAUCAAAGUUCAUUUAUAUAUAGAAUGCAACUAGUAGAGAGAUCAGAUACAGGCAAUUAUUAUACCUGUACAGGUAGUAAUAGUGCUGGCCCAGGUAGAUCAUCUACACCUGUACAAAUUGAUGUUUUAUUCGGUCCCAUGGUAACUGUAUCAGUUGAUUCUGUAACUAAAACAGAGAAUGACGACCUUCAGUUGAUCUGUACUGUUGAAUCAAAUCCACCAGCAACAACCUUUAAAUGGUAUAAACCAGAUGGUAGUAGUGUUGAUGUAUCUUCUAAUGGACGACUUGAUAAAACUAGAAUUACCAGGAACCAGGGUGGUAUAUAUAGAUGUGAAGCUACUACUACUCUAGUACCAACUAAUGGUAGUUCUAUAACUAGAUCUCACAAUAAAACUAUAGAUGUUACUGUACUGUACCUCGAUCCAGUAACUUUAUUACCAACUGGAGAUAAACUGACAGUAAAUGAAGGAGAUUCAACCAAUAUCACGUGUUCUACUAAUAGUAACCCUGUAGCCAUGGUUACCUGGUACAAUGGUACAACUCAAAUAUCAUCUACACAAACCAACAUAGAUACCUUCACUAUACAUCAACCUACAUGUCUGGAUACUGGUGACUAUAUUUGUCACGCUACCAAUACUGACAUACCAAAUGUUCAAUACAACCAAUCAUUGAAAUUAUCUAUUAACUGUUCACCUAGACAAGAUACUAGAGUUAUAACAACAUCUAUAGUUAGUGGUAAUAUAACAGAUAUAGUACAACUGGUAGCUGAUGUUAUAUCCUAUCCAUCACCAACCUUCACCUGGUAUUAUAAUAAUAUAACUACUGGAGAUGUUGAACCUAUCUAUAAUGAUGAUGUCUUUAAACAGAUUGAUACCAAUAUCUCUAUCAAUACUUAUAGAUCAACAUUAAAUAUCAACAUUACAUCCCACAUCUACUAUACAUCAUAUACAGUCAAUGUAUCUAAUACUAUUGGUUAUACAGAACUAGAGUAUCAAGUUACAGGUCAAUCUAAACCUGAUGUACCUUCCAAUAUCAACUCAUUACCACCAAGUGACGACAGUAUCUGUAUUACAUGGACACCAGGAUUUAAUGGUGGAGAUCAACAGGAAUUUAUUGUUCAACAUUCAGUAGAUAAUAAAACCUGGACUAGUUCUACACCUCUACCAGAAUCUCACUAUUGUAUAAAGAAUCUACAAGCUGUUACACCAUAUUAUAUUAGAGUUAUAGCUAGAAAUACAUAUGGUGAUAGUCAACCAGUUUAUCUGAUAUCAUCUGAUGGUUCUUCUACAAUACAAACUUUAAAGACAGAUGUCCCUACACCACCUGACACCAAUGGAGGUUUAAUAGCUGGAGUUGUUAUAGCAGUGCUGGUAAUUAUUAUUGUUGCUAUUGUUGCUGUUAUUCUGGUACGGAAAAUGAGAAAGAAGCAUGAAGCUGAAUCAUCAACAUAUGCUGGUUUAGAUCUAGAGACUAGAACAGCUACUGGUGUAGAUGAUACAACAUACCAAGGUUUACAACAUUAUGUUAAUCUACAAUCAUCUUCUACAGUCAAUAAUAACCAGAAUUACGUUUCACUGCAACAUAUAGAACCAACUACAGUAUAUGAUAGUUUGAAUACAGAUAGAGAUGAUAUGGUGGUAUCUGGUAGAUGGACUAAUACCACCAAUCGUUCAAAUCCUUACGGAAAUAUUGAUGCAACAGAAAUACCAGCUUAUGUUAAUCUUAGACCUGGAAGCAAUGCACAAUAAUUAUAAUCGUGAUAUAGAUACGAACUGCGCCCUGCACUUGCUUAUUUAUUUA